GCCAAAUAAAGUAUACCUAUAUUGAGUAUCGACUAUCAAUAUAAAGGAGCCUCAAUUGCCUUCCCCUCCGGGAACGCGGCCUCAAAUGUAUUUAACAUAGGCGUGGCCUAUCCAUAUCUUUAUUAUCUAUGCUUUAUCCGGACCUUAUCAUAGAAUACAAUAAUAAUAAUAGUAUAAUACAAUAUAUGGGCUAUGACUUCAGUAUUGUAAAAUUUGUAGUUUGUUUACUUAUUCCAUAAUUGUUACUUUAUGUUACUAUCAAAUAGUUCUACCUAUAUAUUUGUAUUUUUGUUUGAGCAUAAUUUAAUAUUUGAAGAAUUAUAAUUGUUAGAGAUGGGAUGCGAUGGUGGAACUAUUCCUAAGAGGGACGAGCUGGUACGGACCAAAAAGAAACCCGAACAGAAAGAUAAAUCGUCCAUGCAGUUGUACCGUUGGCGUAAUUGUCACUUGACUCAAGGACCACUUCGACCGCCAAUAGUCGCUUGUGGCAUGGGUCUCUUGUACAAUAAGGAAUCAGUUUUACAACAUUUAAUAAAUAAAACUCCAUUUCCUGAAGCUUCAGCACACAUCAAGGGUUUAAAAGAUAUAAAAGCUUUGAAAUUGACUCCUAAUCCAGCAUUCAACAAGAAAGCUCAAAGUGUUGGAGGAUAUACUGAUGAUAAUUGUUCACCUUACAUAUGCCCUCUAGUUGGUCUUGAAAUGAAUGAUAGAUCAAAAUUCUGUUUCUUAUGGAAAUGCGGAUGUGUUAUAUCUGAGAGAGGUCUCAAGCUAGGUGCUGAUAACAAGUGUGUAAAUUGUGUAAAGGAAUAUGAGGAUGAUGAUAUAGUUGUGUUGAAUCCGACCGAAGAAGAUAUAACAUUAAUGAAAACUAAAUUGGCAAAACGCAAAGAUAAGAUUAAGAGUGAAAAAAAUUCUGAGAAAAUUAAAAUAAAACCUGAAGUUGUAAUUAAAGACGAACCAGUUGAUGAAGAUGAAAAACCAAUUAUUCCAACAUUCUUACCUGUUAAAACUGAAAAAAUUGAUAUCAAGAAAGAAAUAAAAAAGGAACAAAUAAAGAAAGAACAAAUAAAAAGACCAAUCACUAAUGCUGCUGGAUCAAGUUCCUCCGUUGGAUCUGCUAACUGCCGCAAAUUAGAAGAUCCUGUCUAUAAAAAAGCAAAACUUGCACAUAGUAUUUCUAAAGACAAAACAGCAACCAAUGUGUAUAAGUCAUUAUUCACAAGUCAUGAGGACGACAAGAAUCAAACUCGAGCUCAUUGGAUAACAUACAAUCCGUUCUAUAAUUAAACAUGAAACUUGUAUUAUGUACUUUUAUAAACCAUUUAAUUUUUCCUUUCAAAAGUAUUUACUUGUAUAACACUCCAUUUGUCUCUUGAAAUAUUUUUUAAAUUUAAUAAUUCAAUUUAUUAACUAAAAAACCAUUAAGAGUAAAAUUAUACAUUACCUUGUUUUUAAAUUAUAUUACACGUUAAAAAAUAAAUAAUAAACAGUAGGUAAUGAUAAUUACAUAUUGUGUUAAAUUAUUUAAAACAUGAGAAUAAUUUUCAUCUCAAUAUAGAUGUGCGGCCAUUAAGAAUAAAACAUAUUAUGUUAGGGUGUUUCUUGUAAUUUAAAAUAGAGGUAUAAAAUCACUCUUUUGUUAUGAGAAUUUUAUCUUAUAAAUAAUAUCUAAAUGAACAACUUCUCUUAAUUAUUUUAUUUGAUAAAAAUAUUAAGUACAAUUUUGCUUCAGUUGACAAUUAUUAAAGAAGAAAUUAUUACAAAGUACAAACAAAACAUAAAAA